GGCCAAUAAAACCAACCGAGAUUUAGCCUCUUUCCUACUCUUUCAUUUGUGUAUCGUCUUCCCUGUCUCUCUCUCUCUCUCUCUCUCCCUCCCUGUUCUUUCUUUCUUUCUACUAUGGGAAAUAGAUGUGAAGGCAGCUGAUACUAACACAAAAUAUGGAAAUGUCUAGCAGAUUCUUGCUUGUCUUUUCUCUGCUUAUUGUGCUUGUGGAAUCGGAAUCUACUACCUGCAAUAUUACGGACCAAGAGAUGCUCUCUAAGGCUUUCAGGUCUGUUUCUGGGUUCAAUCUUUCAUGGUUCCAGCCUGCAGACUCUAACUGUUCUCUUCCUAUAAAAGAAAUAAGGCUUUCUUCAAGAAACUUGAGCGGCAUCAUUUCAUGGAAGUAUCUCAAGAACAUGUCGGAGUUGCACGUCGUUGAUCUCUCCAGCAAUUCACUUCAAGGUCAUGUUCCUGGUUGGUUCUGGUCUAUACAGAGCUUGGAAGAAGUCAAUCUGGCUGAAAAUAAGAUUGGAGGGACUAUCGGAUUUGAACCCAACUCAGGAAAUGCUUCCUUUUCCUCAAUCAAAGUGCUGAAUCUCUCAACCAACAGGUUCACCAAUUUGGGUAAACUCUCUGGUUUUCCAAAUUUACGAGUUCUUGAUCUUUCACGCAAUAAUCUUGGUUCUUUGCCUUCUGGGUUCAGUACGUUGACAAAGUUAGAGUCGCUUAAUAUUUCAAGCUGCAACAUUUCAGGCAACAUAAGAGCCAUUUCAGGUCUUCAUUCAUUGAAGUCUUUAGAUGUAUCAAACAACACCAUGAAUGGUACUUUCCCUUCGGAUUUUCCUUCUUUAGAUGGCCUCAUGUUCUUGAAUGUUUCCCUGAAUAACUUCACUGGAACGGUUCACUCUGACAAGGCCAGCAAAUUUGGAAACUCUGCUUUUCUUCACGGAGGCAGUUUAAAUUUCACUGCCUCCAAAUCCCCGAGCAAUCCCAUCAAGCCUCAGUCAAAAGCAGUCCCACCUCACAUCAAGAGCAACCCAAAACACCCAGCAGUCCACAAAAACACCGCCAAGAAAAUCAAAUCCAAAUCAAAGACUAAAACAUUAAUCGUUUGCGUCUCAUCCAUAUCAACGUUUCUUCUUGUAUCUAUUGGUAUUUCUGCCUUGUGCAUGCACAGGAGAAGAAAGCUUGCCGCUAGAAACAAAUGGGCAAUCUCAACACCAGUAAUCCAAUUCCCUUUCAAGGUGGAGAAAUCAGGGCCGUUCAGUUUCGAAACGGAGUCCGGUUCAUCAUGGGUUGCAGACAUCAAAGAACCCACAUCAGCCUCAGUGAUAAUGUCCUCCAAGCCGUUAAUGAACCUGACUUUCAAGGACCUAAUAGCAGCCACCUCACACUUCGGUAAAGAAUCACUACUUUCAGAAGGCAGGUGUGGACCCCUUUACCGAGCUGUCCUACCAGGAGACGUCCACGUGACAAUCAAAGUCUUAGAGAACGCAAGAGACAUUGGCCAUGAGGAAGCGGUGGCUAUAUUUGAAGGUCUCUCGAGGCUGAAACACCCAAAUCUGUUGCCUCUGUGUGGGUACUGUAUUGCAGGUAAAGAGAAGCUGGUUCUGUACGAAUUCAUGGCCAACGGAGAUCUUCACCGUUGGCUCCACGAGCUUCCAACACUUGAACCCAAUGUGGAGGACUGGAGCACCGACACCUGGGAGCAUCAGAAUAUAUCUGGGUCCCACGUAGCUUCCCCUGAAGAAAAAACUAAUUGGCUCACGCGCCACCGAAUUGCCGUCGGGGUGGCUCGUGGGCUUGCCUACCUUCACCAUGCUGGCUCUUUCCACGGCCACCUGGUCGCGUCCAACAUUCUCCUCUCUGAUACCCUGGAGCCAAGAGUAGCUGAUUUCGGCCUCCGAAAUAUCUAUCCGAAAAAGAAAAAUAUCGGAUCAGACAACGAAGACUGCGGAGUUGAAUUUGACGUCUACUGUUUCGGGGUGGUCUUGAUCGAGUUAAUGACAGGUAAGCAAGGGAACCAAGAGACUGUUGGAUGGGUAAGAAGAUUAGUGAGAGAAGGGAGAGGCGCAGAUGCUCUCGACUUAAGAUUAGGAGGGGACCAUGACUCAGUGAGCGAGAUGGUUGAGUGCCUCCGAGUUGGGUACCUUUGUACUGCGGAGUUUCCAGGAAAGAGGCCAACCAUGCAGCAGGUUCUGGGUUUGCUAAAGGACAUACAUCUCGAGUUGAAUUGAGUUUCAGUGAGUCAACCGAGUCAAGUUUUCAAAAUCUGGACAAUGGAAGGACGACAACGCCUGUAGGUUUUGGUUGGAAUUGGAGCGAGUUCAAGCAUUUGAGAGUGAACGGAAAUUAAUUUAAUUUUGCAAGGAGACCAUAUCUUGUUGUCUCUCUGAAGAAAUUUUCUAUUAAAGAAAAAGAAUGUUCAAUCUAGCUAAUGGUUAUGUAUAGAAAGAAAUUAAAAAAAGAAAAAAAGGGGUCCAAAUUCCAAAAGCAAAAGCUUAAAAAAAAACAAAAGAAAAAGAGAAAAAGGGAGACAAAAGGAUGUGGGGGUAUGGUAAGAUGAUUUGGCAGAACACAUAAGCAGAGAAUCCCACUUAUUUUUUUUUCUUGUCU